AAGAAAACUUCAGUGGUUUGCAAGCUGUAAAUGAAACUACCAAUAACUACAAAAUUACUUAUAGAUUACUAGGCGAAUCAAAAUUGUCGUCACUAACCAACAACUUUAUAGGUCAUCUUUGCAAUGAAUAGAACCAUUUCGACAUGAUUAUUGUAAUACACUACAAUGAACGCUGGAUGCCACUCUAUACUACAGGUUACACCUCGUCGGGGAAAAGGGGGAUUUCCUUGCUUUUUUCCCUUGACAGGCGAAUGACAACGCCACCACGGCCCUCUUCCUUAAUCGCAGCUGGUUACAACCGCUCUAGAAAAGUAGUUUGUAGCUAGAGAGUACUUCCUUUAUGUGCCACUGGGUGCGACGGGAGGAUGGCAGAUGACAAGGACGUGCUACGAGAUGUUUGGUUUGGUCGGAUUCCGACCUGCUUCACACUUUACCAGGAUGAGAUCACAGAGAGAGAGGCCGAACCCUUCUAUCUCCUCUUGCCAAGGGUGAGCUACCUGACUCUGGUCACAGACAAGGUGAAAAAGCACUUCCUGAAGGUCAUGAAGGCCGAGGACGUAGAGGAGAUGUGGUUUGAUUUCGAGGGAACCUCACUCAAAUGGCACUAUCCAAUUGGAUUACUGUUUGACCUGCAUGCCUCCAACACUGCCUUGCCCUGGAGCAUCACUGUGCACUUUAAGAAUUUCCCAGAGCGUGACCUGCUCCACUGCCCCUCUAACUCUGUGAUCGAGGCCCACUUCAUGUCCAGCAUCAAGGAGGCGGAUGCCCUCAAACACAAGAGCCAGGUCAUCAACGACAUGCAGAAGAAAGACCACAAGCAGCUGUGGAUGGGCCUGCAGAACGAUAAGUUUGACCAGUUCUGGGCCAUGAACCGUAAGCUGAUGGAAUACCCCACAGAGGAGGGAGGCUUUCGCUACAUCCCCUUCAGGAUAUACCUGACGAUGAGUGACAGGCCGUUCAUCCAGAAGUUGUUUCGCCCCAUAUCGACCAACGGCUACACACACACGCUGGGGGAUCUGCUGAAGGAGGUGUACCCCGUGGCCAUAUCCAACGACGACGAGUCCAAGCACUACCAGGUGGUGAUCCAUGGGAUUGAGCCCCUGCUGGAGACCCCGUUGCAGUGGCUGAGCGAGCACCUCAGUCACCCUGAUAACUUUCUCCACAUCAGCGUCAUACCCGCGCCUAGUGAUUGACACCUCUGGUAAAGUUUGGUAACACCCGGCAACUGGGAAAGUUGCAAACUCCGAACGGACUCUUUAGAGAGCAGGAAAACCCACGUGACUGGGGGCGAAGAGUGACGCAAUCGCGGUGUGAUGUCAUCUCAUUCAACUUGUCCCAAAAAGGAGCCCACCAGGAGAAAAUUUACCGUUUUCUGUUUUCCUUCUCUUUUUCUCUCCUCCUUCGCACUCCGUCUCUUUUGGACCUUUACCUGUUUGGGGAAAGUUGUUCCGCCCAAAAUGUGGAAGGCCAAACUGAAUGAGAGCUCAUCUGUUUAAAAAGAGAGGCAGGGAGAUUCUGCUUACCACCUCCUCUCUCCUCUUCCUCCUCCUAGAGAAAGAGACAGGGCCCAGACAUGCCUAGUGGGACCCUCUACUAACAGAAGUCGCCUUAGUUUUCCCGAGUCACAUCAUGAGCUACACGGUUGGACGUUCAUGAAGUCACAACUGAGUUUACACACUUGUACUGUAUGCCACUGAGGAGUGAAAGGAGAUUUUUAAAGACACUUCACUUCUUCAUUCUUUGUCUCUUGCUCUCUGUCUGUCUGUAUAUUCUCCCAUCUUCCUCUCUCACUGUAUUUCCUGUUUCUUUCUUCUCUCUCUUCCUCCCUCCCCCUCUUUCUCUCUCGUGUCAUUUAUUGCCGAUGCUCUCUCAUCUCCAUAGCUAAUUAUCUAUUGGAAUUCCUCCUGCUACUAAUGAGACCGCUAAACUCCUGUCUCCAUGCCAAGCCUUGGGGUUGUGUGAGUCUGUGUGUUGUAAUUGGAGACAUCAUUUAAAGUCUCCUAGAGGGACAUGGAGGGGGUGAGGAAGGUGUGAAGAGUCCGAAUGGAAUCCUGUCUGCCUUCUCUCUUGCGUGUCUCGUGUCAAAGGGAGACGGGGCCAGACAUGUAAUUUGGAGUGUGUUGUUACAGUCGAAGGGGAGGGAAACUUGUGAUGUCACACCUGUCUAAUCACGUCAGGCUUCCUCAUUCGCCGCCUAGGAGGAUGGGAUAGAGGAGUUUACAGCUCUGAGUCAGGGCUGGGCUCGACGUGGGGUACUGUCUAAGGGGUAGGCAUGUGCAUAUGUGUGUGUAUGUACAUGUGUGUAUGGGUACUUUUUACACAUUUUGUUGUUACAAAGUGGGAUUCAAAUGGAUUUCAUUGUCGUUUUUGGUCAAUGAUCUACACAAAACACUCUGGAAUGUGAAAGUGGAAGAAAAAUUGUAACAUUAACAAAAUACAAAAAAAAUUAACUCUACUAUAUCUUGAUAAGUAUUCUCCCCCCUGAGACUACAUGUUAGAAACACCUUUGGCAGUGAUUACAGCUGUGAGUCUUUUUGGCUAAGUCUCUAAGAGCUUUGCACACCUGGAUUAUACAAUAUUUGCCCAUUAUUAUUUUAAAAAGUCUUCAAGCUCUGUCAAGUUGGUUGUUGAUCAUUGCUAGAAAGCCAUUUUUAUGUCUUGCCAUAUAUUUUCAAGUAGAUUUAAGUCAAAACUGUAACUAGGCCACUCAGGAACAUUCACUGUCGUCUUGGUAAGCAACUCAUAGAUUUGGCCUUAUGUUGUAGGUUAUUGUCCUGCUGAAAGGUGAAUUUGUCUCCCAGUGUCUGUUGGAAAGAACACUAAGUCAGGUUUUGCCUGUGCUUACAGCUUAGCUGUAUUCCGUUUUCUUUUUAUCCUAAACUCCCUAGUCCUUGCCGAUGACAAGCAAACCCAUAACAUGAUGCAGCAACCGCCAUGCUUGAAAAUAUGGAGAUUGGUACUCAGUAAUGUGUUGUAUUAGAUUUGCCCCGAACAUAACACUUUUUGUAUUCAGGACAAAAAGUUUCUUUGCCACAUAUUUUGCAGUAUUACUUUAGUGCCUUGUUGUAAACAGGAUGCAUGUUUUGGAAAAUACGAAUUCUGUACAGGCUUCCUUUUCACUUUGUCAUUUAGGUUAGUAUUAUGGAGUAACUACAAUGUUGUUGAUCCAUCCUCAGUUUUCUCCUAUCACAACCAUUAAACUCUGUAACUGUUUUUAAAUCACCAUUGGCCUCAUGGUGAAAUCCCUGAGCAGUUUCCUGCAUCUCCGGCAACUGACUUGGGAAGGACGCCUGUAUCUUUGUAGUGACUGGGUGUAUUGAUAUACCAUCUAAAGCCUAAUUAAUAACUUCACCAAAAACCUCCCUGGUCUUUGUAGUUGAAUCUGUGCUUAAAAUGUCCUAAUCGAUUGAGGUACCUUACAGAUAAAUGUGGGGUAAAGAGAUAGGAGUUGUCAUUCAAAAAUCAUGUUAAACACUAUUAUUGAACACAGAAUGAGUCCAUGCAACUUAUGUGAUUUAAGCACAUUUUAACUUCUGGACUUAUUUAGGCUUGCCAUGACAAAGGGGUUGAAUAUUUAUGGACAAAACAUUUCAGCUUUUCAAUUUUUACAUUUUCUAUUCCACUUUAACAUGAUGGGUUAUUGUGUCUGUGACACAACAUCUUAAUUUAAUAACAAAAUGUGGAAAAGGUAAAGGGAUGUGAAUACUUUCUGGUGUGUGUGUGUGUGACUGCACACAGCAGACACAGACUUUUGACUCAGUCACAAAGACACAAGCCAAUGAUGAAAAGCAGAGCUAGACUCUCAUCUUGCUGACACACUUGUCUUGUUGGGAUUUCCCAGUCAACCUAUUGGAUUGAGUUGCUCAAUACUGACAGCUCUAACUGUAUCUCUAUUGCAGAUCUUUUAAAUAUCUCUAUUGCAUGUGUAUCCUGCCAUUCCUCCUCCAAGCCCUUGGCAGCAUGUCUUGCAACUCACACAAAGUGAUCCUCGGUAACCAUUUAUUUUUCAUUACAAUGUUGAAGUACAGGUAACUGCCACAAUAAAGGAAACACCAACAUAAAGUGUCUUAAUAGGGUGUUGGGCCACCAGAACAGCUUCAAUACACCUUGGCAUAGAUUCUAAAAGUGUGGAACUUUAUUGAAGGAAUGCAACACCAUUCUUACACGUGAAAUUCCAUCAUUUGGUGUUUUGUUGAUGGUGGUGGAAACCGCUGUCUCAGGCACCGCUCUAGAAUCUCCCAUAAGUUUUCUUUAAACCCCCUAUGCUUCUUUGAGACCCCUCUCAGUCUCUGAGAUUUGGUUAAUUUAGCAGACACUCUUUUUCAGAUCUCUUCUUCUAGCCAUGGUAGCCAAAAUAAUGGGCAACUGUGCAUUUUUAUACAUGACCCUGAGCAUGACGGGAUGUUAAUUGCUUAAUUAACUCGGGAACCACACCUGUGUGGAAGCGCCUGCUUUCGAUAUACUUUGUAUCCCUCAUUUACACAAGUGUUUCCUUUAUUUUGGGAGUUGCCUGUAUGUGGGACACAAUGCCUGACCCCAGUUUUCCAAUUGCCUUUCUGCUCCCCAGGUCAUCACUUCGUUCAUCCUGUUGUGGUUGUUGUCGUGUUUUACUUCAUGGCUAUACAAUAGUCAAACUCUUACUGUCCAAGUCAUUGGCACUAGAUUCCGCGAAACCGAGUUCACACACACACAUUUGUUUGUGUUUAACACGUUACAGGGGGCUGAGAGCAGUCAGAGGGUAUCAGACACACAUGAGAGUGAUUAGUAAUUUAGAGGAAUCCAUGACUGUAUUCCCUCCAUGCUGCAUCCCCCGCGGGAUAGAGAGCGAGAAUAGGGAGUAAGAGAGAAUGAGAGUACAUAGGCGGCCAAUGGGCCUUUUCUCAGCACAAGCUCACACGGGGGGGGGGGGGUUCUGCUCUAUAUUUCUACAUUUGGACUCUGAGCUUAUUUACAAAUACUGUAGUUUUCCUUCCACCACACACACACACACACACACACACACACUAGUCGAUAUGCAAACGAGUUCUGAGAUACUUUUCCGUUCCUCUGCUGUUUGUCUUUUCUCCCUUUACUUUCUCUUGGUGAUUGUGAUCAUACUUACAGCACAGGUACAAACAGAACCAUCCAGUCAGUGGAAACGUUACUAGUUAAAUAUUUAUUGAUUAACGAAUGCUAUCUUCAACUCUCAGGUCUUACCUGGAUUCAGAGUUGUUCUCACUGUUAACUGCAACAAACAACAAAAAUGUGCAUUCUUUUUCUGUUUUUUUAUUUUCUUUCUCUCCUUAUACACUAUUUUGCAGUGGCUUGCUUUUCUUUCAUUUGCUACUUACUGCAGUGAUUACAACGCUGUAAAAAUGUUUUUGUGUAGAAUUAACAUUGAAUUAAAAAUGAAAUUGUUUUAUACUGUAGUUCUGGGCUAUGCCUGUGUCUUUUAGUUCCUGUUCUGGUUUGCAUUAUCAUUGAAUGGGGAUGUUAUGUGUCUCUUAUUUCUACAUCUAGGUUUUCAUAGAAGUUAAAACACUUAACCUGGGAGAUUUCUCUUUGUCAUUUAUUUGUGUUUAUUUGAGGUUCAGGGGGUGGUAAAGGUGGAUACAAAAUAUUUUCUGAAAAUUGUAGACUGUUUUAUUUUCAUACCUUUAAAAGAAUAGCUUCAGCCCGUUUCUGAAUUACUAUUGUUUACCUCUCGAUCUAAUCUCUUUUCACGAGCAACGUGUUCUCUCUGUGGAAUAAGGAAAUGGCCAUCCCGUCCCAGUCUCCACUUGUUGUAAACUAGUCACCAAACACAUCUAAGAGAUUACUGUCCCCAUUGUUUCUUUCAAUUCUUGGCACUACAAACACAGAUUGCCAUCCCUCUCUGUUCAUCCUGCUCUUUUCCUCCUGCUUCAAAGGAUGGAGAGAAUUAUCUGUUUUAACGAGGAAACAGCCUUUGAAGUUUGUAAUUAUUAAAAGGACAGAGUUCAGCUCUCUGAAUGUUAGCAACCCUAGGUCUUUCAUUUGCUUUUAGUCACUCCCUCUCUCAUUCUCUUUGUCUUUUCUCUCUGUCACACACUUUUCUGCUUUUGGAUACCUUUUAAUGACAAGUAUUGAGUUGAUGAAAGUCAAACUCAAAUUGUAUUGUUAGUUCGAAAGGAAAAAAAUAAACUACUGUCUAGCCAAAGAGUCCCCCCUCCUCUCUCUCUCUUGAUGAGGAUGUUGAGGUAAACCAGAGAUGCUGGAGACCAUAAGUCAGACUCUGCCUUGUGAAGUUAUACGAGGUGACUGGAGACAACUUUCCCCUCUGCCACCCUCACCUCACCCCCCUCCACGCCGUGACUACACAAACACACAAAUACAAACCUUGUCUUUCUUACACAUUCUCACACACACACACACAGGUUCCCUCCAGCAUACCUGUAGCCAGGGGUAAGAAUGGCUGUCAGAGGAGCAAAUAACUCUCCUCUCUUUCCUCUCUCGUUCCUGGGGGUGCCCUCUCAUUUUGAGUGCGUCCCAGUCCCCUCGCCCCACACAGGGGCCAACCUGUCAUUAACCUAGGCCGCUAAUGGGCAGGUGCUGAAGGCAGAGAAAGAGUCACUUCAAGGCCUUUACGGUCACUCACCUUCAUCUACAUCCUCCCAUCAUUGUCUCAGUUGCAGUGGCUGACUGUAUCCUCUCUCGAUGCCUCUUUUUCUCUCUAAUAACUACUGUACCCACUUCCCAGCUGUAGCCUCUGACUCAGGGUCAGUGUGAGUAAGUAUUGACUGGAUGUUGUGGCUCCUAGCUGGCUGUGCAAAGAAGACUGUACUUUGUCUUUAAUAGACUAGAGAAUUAGACCCUCAGCCCCUGUCUGUGUCUUUGUGUGACAAACAUGUCAAAUGUUGAUUCACUGCUAACAGUAUUUUUCCCACUGAUAGCCAAUUCGGAACCUGAAAAACUUCCUGAAAUAAACUAAAUGCAAUGAUGUAAAUAUUUAUGUUCUUGUUACUUGAGUAUGCCCUUGAGCCACAGUCCAUUGGGACUUUUUCUCUGGCCCAUCUGAGUACAUGAAAAGUUUUGUAAAACGCACUCACAAACAGGGCCUAAAAUUCACUUUUUGGUCCACCAGCCACUGUGUUACGUAGAUUUUAAAAAAAAUAAGAAAAUGGAUGAGAAUGCUUUGUAAUGUUUCUAAAACAAAUGUAUUACUAGUGAAAAUGUAUGUGGUAUAUUGUUUAAUUUCAUAUUUUUGUGUGACCUCUGUCUCCUCUGUGAUACUUUAGUUAAGACUAUGUUCACCUACCCUUUUAAGGUUGGGAGGUCACAAAUGCAAAUGGUCUAAUUCAAAAUCUAACUUUUUUCACUCUAUAAAUACAUUUAAACUGUAUGGCACUACUUUAACUACAAUGAAAAUGGGGCAAUUAAAACUUGUAUAUGAAUGAA